AUUAAUUGACUGAAAAAUGCAGCUCACUACCAUUGCAGGCUGCCGCCGAUUUCUCAAGUUUUUGUGUUGGCCGCGCACUUCAAAUAAAGGUCAUUGCUUUAAUAUUGUAUGCUUUCAUCAGGUUUCUGUGAUGAUUCCAAUUUAAGCAUGCAUAUGGAGAAAAGGGAGGAUGAAUUUUUCUGUAAUGCCUUUAUUUUGAUAAGAGAUCGUAGCGGAUUUCAUCAGAAAUAGAUUUCAGGCGUCUUGUGUUGUUAUGAUUUAGGGCUCUUUUUCUUUAGAAUACGCAGUGAUUUGCGGAUUGUUGAAUUUGUUCAUGCAAAUGGCAUCCGCUUUACAACAGAUUAAGAACCCAAGCUUCAUGCUUUCCCAAGCUGAUUUUCUAAAUGCCGUGUGGAUUAGCUUGCUGUCGAAAAGAUGGAAGUAUGUUUGGACUUCGAUGCCUUACUUAAUCUUCAAUAUAUAUUGGUUUGUGAAGCACGAUGAAGAUCUAAGUUUUGGAGCCACGCUGUAUGUUUUGGGAUGUUGUCAAUUGGCCUUUACUUAUAAGGAUCUCAUGUGUACUGAUAUAUCCCAUAAUGAAGCAGCUGAAUGAGCUCCUUCAUGUUGUAGCUGGGAAGAAGGUUCGAGAACUAUGCUUUCUUGAUGAUGAUUACACUGCUCAUGAGCUAAGUAUUGACAAGUUACAUUGUGUUGUAAACAACAUCUCAUUGCGAGUAGUAGCAGUUUUAAGUGACCAAAGAAGUCUUGUCGAGAGAUCUCAUAAUGCACGAGGUUGCUGAGAAUUUUCUUUCAUGGGAUUGUAUCAUGCACAGGAAUGUCUACUUAUAAGAUAGCCAAGUCAUAGACCUUGAGUAGAUUAGUGGUUCAGGUAGUACCCAAGAGUGUAACAAUCAUGAAUCUGUAUACUCGUGAGAAAAUUUGGGCUGUAGCUAAGCUCAUGAUUUGUCCUCCAAACUUGCUCCUUUUCUGCUACAUUGGACAAAUGUUGUGUGGCUUCACUGUGGUUAAUACAGUCUCUUGGGAUAAUGUCUCAGUCUGCCUUCUAUGUUUACCUCGUGGUGGUAUAAGGGUGGAUAGAAAAAACCGCUUACCUUGUUCUGCAUGGUUGAUUGAGCUUGAUGAUGUGAAGGCUUUGACUCUGUCCAGUGUCCACUCUUCUUGCUAAGCGUAUUGGUUGGCAACUUGGCAUAAAUGAAAUCACAUUCAUGUGAUACGACUCAGUGGGAUAAGUGCACUAUUUGCUGCAUUUGAAGAAAUGGAGAUUUCUACUAAAAAUAUAAAAUGGACACAAACUGAGAAUGAGAUAAUUAGUGAACAGGAAUCUCAUGACAGACUAAGUAGUCUGCCCUCUGAAAUCCUAGACCACAUUCUAUCGUUUCUCAGCAUGAAUGAAGUUGUAAAAACCGGCCUGCUGUCAAGAAAAUGGAGAUACUUCUGGCAUUCAACACCAUGCUUGAACUUCGAUUUUAGAGAUUUCUGGAACCAGGAGCGCUGCUUAAAUUUGAGUUACAAUGAAUGCGUGAUAAAAUUUUGGGUAUUUGUCAAGUGCGCUAUCGUGAUCAGAUCACCCAUUUGUAGACUGCGGCUCUACUGUGAAGCCUGUGAUACCAUUCAGCUUGAUUCGCUUUUAUAUCUUUGCGCUUUGAAAGAAGUCCAAGAACUUGAUAUUUUUACUGGAUAUGGAAUCCUGCAGUGUCCAAUUCGUCGUGGUGUACCCACUCACGUUGACGCAUUUAUACAGGGUGUGAAUAGUCUGGUUGAGUUGCAACCCUUGACAAGCUUUUCAAAUCUCAAGACCCUAAAUUUGGUUGGGGUCCAGUUUGAUGAUUCUGAUAUAGCUGAGAAUGUGUUCAGUGAUUGUGGUGUUCUUGAAACUUUAUCUAUGGAAUAUUGUUGUUUUUUUAGGAGAAAGCAUCUCAAGAUUUCUGCCAAUAAGCUUAGGACUUUCAACUUUGUAAACAAUGGCCCUUAUUGGUGGGAUUAUACGUGCAUGUUCGGCGGUGAGCUGGAACUUCAUACUCCAAACCUUGUAUCUUUUUGGUAUAUCGGGCCAGUGCUACAGCUUAGUCAAUCCUCGGAUAUGCUAUUUUUGAAGAAUGCCUCCAUUGAGCUCCGAUAUCAAAAUAAACCAGGGGACUUAGGUGCUAUGGUUUUAGGUAUUCGUCAUGUCCAGGAGUUAUCAGUGUCGUCAAAUUUUGUCCUGUACUACUCUCCUGAAUUUGAAAAAUAUGCUGGCGACUUCAGUCCUCUCGACAGUCUGAACAGCUUGAAGGUUGAUAUGGAAUUCACGAGGGACCAUAUGGAGGGUCUAAUAAAGCUACUCCAGCUUUCUCGUAAUCUUGAAGCUCUAUGUAUCCGAUUUACUGAGCACCCCUGGAAAAUCAGUUGGGAGUCCAGGAAAAUCGACGUCCCUAUGAUAUCACACAAGCUGAAAGAAAUUGAGAUUUUCACGGGCGGCGACCUGAAGAACUUGAUAGAGCUCAUCAGAUUCUUCCUUGAGAAUGGAAAAUCUCUAGAGAAGAUAAACAUCACGCAAAAGGAAGCAAUGCUGGAUCCAGAGGAGUUCUACUCAUUGCACAACGUUGAGUUAGCAUGUGAAUCUGUUUCGAUAUCCAUCGGUUUAGCUUCUGCUUCUGGAACAAUCAAGAUGGUUGACUUUUCAUUUUGGAAAUGUGGUUCGGGUACGGCCAGUCAAUCUAUCCAAUACGGCCGGUAAAUCAAUCUUUCUUCUACUUGCUCUUUCUUAUCAUCAAAACAAAAACUAGGUAGCUUAAUAAGGUGAACUGAUGACAUUAUUAUUUAUAACUUGCUAAGACCAUUUCUAUCUUUUGGAUAUGCUAUCUAUCUGUCCUUGUUUGUUUUGAACUAUUGCUGUUUUGAAUUGAUUGGGAUUGUUGAAACUCUGUGAUCAAUGCAUUGCUAUGCUCUGUUGUAGUAUUUCUCAACUUUGAUAAUCAGUUUGAAUAUGUUGUUAAAUUGUUCUGAAAAUGAAAUGCAAUCUCUGCUUUGUGCA